CAAGCGUCAUGCUCCUACUACGAUGUGCCGCGUGGACAGGAUAGAAAUCGCUGAAUGGUUCGUUUGCGAGCUGCUUGAACCGCCUAGCAGCGCCUUCGCCGAUACUGCUCGUUCACCGGCAAGUACUAGGACGGCAACUCCUGCGACACGUCACGGUCAUGUCAGAGCAUCUUCGUGGAUACCAUCGAGGAGGAUACUUCGCUCGCCCCGGCUCCGGCGACCGCGCCAUGAUGGGGCCGCUGCAUCCCGAACCCGUCAAAACCGUAGAAAGGCCCUCACUGACUGCUAAAGAUGACAUCGCCAUCAAGCAUUUCGAGCACAUCGGAUCGUACAGCUGGGUCGAGGCGAGGAAACCUACGGUGGUCAUACCAGGCUCUCCUGCCUAUUGGCGUGACCGCCCGCUUCCAUAUCAAGUAUCCGUAGACGCCAAGGAGCAAUUUGUGGACCAAGGGGGAGAGCGCAUGGGCUGUAUGGCUUUAUACCCGCUCAUACGCGCAGUGGAUCUGGAGUCGGAGGAGCAAGGCAACGACUUCGAUUGGGGUGCCGUCGAUUUCGUCGGCGAUCGUAACAGCCUGCGCAAGCUGUUGUCGUGGGUACAAGAUAACGAUGGACGAUAUAAGCCAUUCAGGAUCGAUACGCAGCUGGUCGGCCAUCGGACUGUCCUGCUCAACCGCUGGGAGACACGAAUGACUGGAGCGGCAGGCCACUGGCCUAUCAAUUUCCAACGCGAGAGCACCUACAAGCCGCCUGGCUACGAACAUAUUCCGACCGUCUCGCAUCACCGCGUCGCUAAAUACGACUUCGGUGGUCUCACUAUGGUCGUCCGCUUCUCAGUGGACGCCUGCACACCACUCAAGGCUGCGGACAGGGCGAUGCAGACUCCGCGACUUGGAGUAGGCUCUGCCGACGUGGACAGCCUCUCGUCUAUGCUGUCUGGUAUGAGUGUUACCUCUCACCCAGCAAGAAGCCUCGAGAUCGACAGAGAGGCAUCCACCCCGGAACUCGACAUCAUUCGAGUUAACUCGCCCGUCGUUCCCCAGAGCUCACUCAUCGAGAUCACUACCCGCUCGGAGAGGAACGUCACGGCAUACAAAUGGGUAGACACAUAUCCCCAGCUCUACUUCUCGCAAACCGCGUACCGAUACUUGGCGGUCCACCAACAAGGCAACUUCAGAGAAGUGCGGAAACACGCUCUGGAGGACCCGGAGAUGAAGAGGAUCGAGGCGCAGCUGCAGGGCGACUUCAGGAAGCUGAGAUCCGCCUUGCAGGUGAUCCAGGACCUCGUUGUCGAGCACGGGGAGCGGGGCAGGCUCAGCCUGGUCUUCGAAGGCGGUAUUUGCCGGGUCUUCGAGCGAAGAUCCGCUGAGAGCUGUCUUCCUGAUACCAUGCUGAGGCGUUUCGAGGGAUUCUAAUCCAUGAGGUCGGGCUCGAACAUCAUGUGCUUCGAGUCAUGUAUGGACUAUCUGCAUGGCCGUUUGAAUCUGUCCGCGGAUGUGUGCUGAGAGGCCGCUGUUUAUUUCUUCCAUCGCAGAAUAUAGGGUCAUCGUUGUGGGCAUCCCUUCUCUCGUCCAUGUGGGUGUCAAUCUAUCGCCUCGAAUGCCGUUUAGAUUGCUGCGUAUGCCUGCCAUUACCCACGGACGGGCACGCGGUACAUGCAUGUCGGUCGGGGAGCGCUGGCAACUCGCACGGGUCGAUCGAAGCAAAUCAGGCCAUAGAUCAUCAUAUAA